AUGCCGUGCCGGUACGGAAAGAUGGGGAUCAGCAUGGCCGUGCCGAGUUUUCCUGGGAAGGAAUCAAUUUGUCCAUGGAGGACACUACUUCCAUUCUGCCUCGUCUCAAGAGGAAGCCCACCAACACCUAUGGGAUCGGUGCCCUGGCUAAGUCCUCUCUGUCAGGUGUGUCAGGUGUGACUCGCUCCAUGAAGGACAAGGUGACCAAGCCCACCGCCAUGGCCCAGGGUCGAGUGGCCCACAUGAUAGAGUGGCAGAGCUGGGGCAAACCAUCUGCGGGGCCGCUAGGGGGAGCGGGCCAUACCAACCUUCAGAGGGAAAAGGAGAGGAGGAUGGAGAACGACGCUUACAGUGACCUUAGCGAUGGCGAGAAGGAGGCUCGCUUUGCUGCAGGUAUCAUGCAACAGUUUGCAAUUUCUGAGGCGACUCUGUUUGGUUGGAACUCGAUGGACGGGGAGAGCAUGGGAGCCGGCUCCAACCAGGGCAGCGUCGCCCACCUGAGUGAGGUCAACCAGGAGAGCAUCACCAGCAGAGACCAGGUGCUCCAUCACUCCUCUGCGGAUGUCUGGCCUCACACCUACGUCUCGCAGGGCCUGUACUGCCUGUCGUCUUCUGACGCCUGGGACCCAAUCACCAGCCAGCCCUCGGGCGUGGCAUCGCCUGCUGCAGGCUCCUACAUCAUGGCUGCCGGUGGCAGCAAUGGAGCAGGAGGCACACCUGGUGAGGGGUACGAGGGGACAGUAGGAAGUUACAUUCAGCAGCACCAGGUUCAACUCGCCCUGCAGCAGCAGAGUCAACUCCAACAUCUCCAACAGCUUCAUCACUACCAGCAGCAACAGUUUCUGCAGUACCAACAACAGCAGCAGUCUAUGGAGCACAGGCUACACAGUGCCUCCCAUUCACUCCAAGCCACGCCCAAUAGCACCAUCCACAGCCUCGGUCCACCCACUCACCCUCGGCUAGCUGACCUGUGGGGAGCAGCACAGGUUGAGGGACAUCAGGUGGAGAUCGUUGGACACUUGAAUGCACAGAUGGCUGACAUGGUCGGAGGCGUGGUGGAGACGGUCGGAGAAGAGCCAGAGCCCGAGUCUGAAGACUUCCCUGAACAGCGUGAAGAGGAAGAGGAGGAGCUAACAAAGGUAGAAGAGGUAACAUUAACUUUGGAGCCAGAGCCGUGCUCUUUGACGCCCUCCCCGCUGAGGGAAGAUGCCCCUUCGACCAGAGGUUCAAGCCCAGGACUACCAGCACAGACCACCGAACCCGUCGCAGAGAGGAUACCCUUUGACGUCACGCCCUGCGUCGUCCAGUCAUUGGAAGAGAAAGAUGAAGAGGCAGACGAGGGCUCCAUUGUUGUUGUUGCAACCAAUUGAGUCAUUUGGACGAAACUCUGUCAAAAACUGGAAAUUAAUACUUCAAUAAUCAGUCAAGCUAUUAUCCCAACCCCUCCCUCUCCCAAAUAUUUACCUACUUUGAGGCCGAGGAAAUGCGACUUUUUUUCCGAUGAGAAUGUGGGAUGUAAUGUACACUAUGGCCAAGGAGACACCCCUACCACCAGUCUAGUAUGGGAAAUCUGGAAUAUCACAUAUAUGAGACUAAUUAACUUUGAUUUAAGGCAGAAGAGAGACUUGAAUUCAGUGACUGCUGAAACAAGCUGUUUGAGAAUAAAGAUGUAUUCAAUAAACAGUUUGGACUGACUGGAACAAAGAACCAGGACUGAAAGCCAAACUGGCAACACAGGGAUGGGGGAAAAUUAAAAGAAAGGAUAAGAAGAAAAAAGUUAAGGGCCUAUUUAUAAAUUCAGCGCAAUACAACAAACAUGGGCACAAUCAGGGUUUGCAAAUAAUUCAGAGUGGCUGUUUCAAGAUGCUUUCAGCAUCAGAAAUAGGCUUUUGUAUGCAAAAAUAAAAACCCCUUCAAGGCCAGAAAUACCUGGUCAGAGAGCAGUUUGAUUGGCUAAUUAACGUGUUUAGGUUUGACUGACGGCUGAGAUGUCUUGAUGAGGUAAAGACGGCGUAAUCUAGAACUCAUGGCAACCUGAGGCAUGCACUUGGAGUUAUUUGCAAACACUUGCUCUGGACACAACCAAAAGAACGUGCAUGCUUUUUAACAGUGAACUAGCCCUAACAGUAUAACACAGUAAUACAAAGUAAUAAUAUAUCAAAUUGCUUUUUAUAAUAAAAGGGAAAAAAUCAAAUAAACCGAUAUGUAUUUGUAUGAAUGUAACACUGUAUGUAUGUUUGUAUGAAUGUAGCUUUGUUUGUGUGUAAAAUAUAUAU